GACGGGGGACGCCGCGCGCGCCUUCUGACAACGCGUCGUGCAGUGGUCGCAGUGGUGGCGGUUGUCUGCUGGAGAUUUUCCCACCCGCGCUGCUGCUGCUGCCGUGCCAUCUGAGCGUGGUGCGCUUGCCCGUGGCGUUGGAGUGCGCGUCUGUCGUGUCCCAUCGGUGACGAACAAGAAAGGUGACGUCGUGCAAACGCGGUAGAAGCAAGUUCGGGCUGUGUUUUCGCGGGGGCCGUGGCUGCGGAAGGUGACGUGGUUGCCCUGGUUGACGCUACCCCCACGAUCCCGACGUUAAUAACCCCGUGUUCGGUGAAUUCUCAGUCGGUCGUCGUUCCGACGGUGUGCCGUGCGCGUUUGUGUCGAGUGUGCGACAGGCUUACCGCAACGACGGCGUGACGUGCUACCACUACAACCGAUCCAGCGAGGAACGUGCGGAUUCUUGCUUCGCUUGACGUGGGAUUUUGGAUUCGCUGCGCGCCAUCGCCGUCCCCACCUGCGACGCCCCAGCGGAGGUGUUCUUUAUUUUGUUUUCUUCCUGUGUUGUUCGUUUGGUUGCCCGAUCGAGGAUUGCUGGCAUGGCACGCGACGGCAACGUCUUCGGGCUUCCGGCUUUGGCAGCGACGGCGGCGAUCGUCCUCGGCUGUCUUGUCGUCUCCUUACUCCGACUCGUUCGAGAUCUUUUCGCUGUAACGCGGCUACGAAGCGCAGGACGACCUCCUCCACUGCCGGGCAGCAGCCAGUUCGCGGACUGCAGCGCCACCAGGGCGCAGCAGUGCGAGACAGUGUUGCUGGCACAGCAAGUCAACGACGCCUCCAGGGCCACCGUCCCCGAGCUGCUUUCCCGAUGCCGGUACAUCCGGCAGAAUCUCAACUGCCUGCUCAACUACACGUCCCAGUGCCUGCCCCUGGAGCAGAAGGAGGAGAAGUCCCAGAUCAUCAGCUCGGCGCGAAAGUACGCGUACGCCACGUGCGAGGACCGGGACGCCGUCAAAGAGCACUGGAAGGAUGGUGCAUGCUUUCAGAAGCCUGAAGUUCAACGCUGCAACAAUGAGUAUGAUAUGCAGAUGAAGAAAUACCAACUGAAUAGCAAGUACCCAUCUGAAGAGCAGUGCAGGCGGUACAUGAACUACCAAAGGUGCAUGCGGCGGGCCACUAGCUUGAUGUGCAACAAGGAGGGAGUUGAGUUUCUGGGCCUGUUCCUGUACGACCGGGAGCCAACACUGUCCUGGAUGUGCAGCGAUGAUUACCGGCAGCCGCUCCGCAUCGAGAGCGUGCCCACUCCAGCAGCAAUCAACCAGGCAACCUGUAUGAGCCUCGUGAAGAGCGACAUGCAACGGUGCUCUGACAGACACAACAAGGCCACAGCUGGCCUUAGCAACCGAAAGCAGUCGUCCAGAAGCAAGUCCACAGGGCUGCAGCUGUCCGAGGAAGAGUACAAGACUAGGCAUUGCUGCGCCUUCGGAGAGUAUGCCCACUGUGUGCGCACGGCCGUCCAGGUCAAGUGCAGCACAGAUCGCAACGCCCUCGUCGAGAGCAUCAUACAGCAGACGCUAGAAUUCAUCGGGCACCACUGCGACAACUACUACUAUGGCUCAAGUCUCUGCGCGGCCGCGACGCAGGUCGUGUCAACGAAUGCAGUGAUUCUUGUCCUCGCGGUGGUCUCAGCCUGCCUCGCUGUGCAGCACUGAUUUAUUGCCUUGCACUGUGAGAGGAUGGCGCUCGCGAGACAGCACCUGCCGCGUUGGUGAUAGGUGGGGCGUCUCGAACGCUGCCCGACUGAAACAGUGAGAGGAAGCAGAAUGUGUUUUGUUAACAGCAGUGCAAACAUCUUCGAACGAGGCGUUUUAGUGGGAAGCCAGGUACGGUCAGUUUCCUGUUGAUGAUACUUUAGAUGCUGUUAUUUCUGACAUUGCUGGCUGGACCAACAUGUGGACCACAGAUCAGAGACGUUUAAGCUGGAAGAAGGGCAGCUAAAGAAGCCACUGCAUGUAGCUCUUGCAGAAAAGUUGCCAGAAAGAGCACUAAAAAAAUUUCUCUUAUCAAAUGUGCUUAGAAAUCUCGUCCUGAUGCUACCAUCAUGAGAACAUUUUUCAUUGUUGUGUGAACAAUGAGUGACCACGCAUUGAGUCAUGUGUUGUUAAGGCAUAUACAUACACUCACACCAGCUUCAGGUUAUUCAGAAGCAUUGCCAUUGGUCUUGCAAAGACAAGACGAAAUUGAAAAGGGCCUGCUGCCAACCUAAUGCUUUGCAAGCUUUGCAUCAGAGCAUGUGACACUUGACAGAAGGCUACAAAAACGGGUUAAAGCCUAAGAAAGUGCUGACAUAGCAUGAUGACGGUACGUCCUGGCUCGUGUCGCUCGUUUCAAAAGUCCAGUGCUCUGCAACAAAAGAGGGUGAGGAGGAAAUGCAUGCACUAGGGGAUGGUGGGGCAAGAAAGAACAAAAGGCAUCAAAAAUAAUUUCGCACAAACCUUACCAGGAUGCUAAAGAAAAAAAAAGAUACCCUAUAUGCUGUUUGGUUUGUUCCUGAGCCACUCAACAAAGCCACUGCGAAUGUUGUCAUUGUCACCUCUGGCUAAUCAUGCUACAUUGACGUUUGAUUCCACACGUGCAGUAAUCUCUUGGAAGAAAAUGUAAACGGAAUACUAUAAAAUAUUACAUAUAAUGAGAAUCAGAAUACAACGCAACUUACAUUCUUGGGGAAACAGAAAUGAAUACAGAUUUUAUGACUAAGAAACAUCUGAAGAGUCAAAUUCUGGUAACGUAAUUAUAUAUAUAGUACAUGAUGCAAAUUCAGCAUGCCAACAUCCUAAUAUCAUACAGCUUAUCACACUUACUUUUCUUGAACAUAUAAAAGCAAAAAAAACACUUUGAAAACUUCUAGCACAUAGAAAUACUAUGAAAUACCAGUUUCAAGUACUAAAACUCGGAAAAAGUUUCUUAUUGCGAGAUUUUAUGACAGUUCUUGCUAUCUUUAUUAUGUACAUGUGAAUAUGCAGCCCAAAAAUAGUUUGUUUUGAACGCGAAGCUGAGGCAUGUUUUUAACAUGGUAUGAUUUUCUCUUAGCCCUGAAGCGUGCAGUUGACUAUUGUGAAUGAUGACUCCUUUGCAGUGCUGCGGUGACAUGUAUGAAACGUAGGCAUUUAAUAAGACAAAACGAACCAUUCAAGUCACAAAUCACUCAUGUCCCACUUUACACAACAGUGUGGACAUCAAGAGUCAAGGCCACUGCUUUGGCCGUGGUAUUUGCAUCGCUAUCUGCAUAGGCAUUUAACUUGCAGAUGGAUUGGUCCAGAAGAUGGGGCAGUUGUCACUGUCGCUAGGUUAGCUGCAUGAAUGCACUGAGCAUUACGGGCUACCUGCUCAUGAUGGACAGUAGGAUCCACGGUUAAAUAAAAUACCUGACCGUUAUUAAGGCCUAUGUAAACAGAACAUUUCUUCGCCUUCAUCAGAAAUAGGUGACUAAUAAUAUCACUUGGAUAUACAUUUAUACUUAAAAAUUUACUGUCUGGGCCUUUAUAUCUAGUCUAAGCAAUAAUUGAUGGUAAAAUACUAACCUCUUGCUUCCUUUAGCGGUGAACCAUCUGUACAUGUCUGUUCCUUCCCACUAUGGCCAAAAGAUGAGUGACAGAUUUUCUUGACAAAGAAACAAACAUUUGUGCAAGGCCAGCUACUCACAACUUCUAUACUCUGUGUCGAGUCACAACUUUCGAGAUGGCAUGCCUCAGUCUUAACAGUGAGCUUGUCGUUCAGACAAUGCUGAAAUACGUUACCCGAGGCACUACUUGGAAAGUUACUGUCAAACAUUAGCUUCAUAGGCUAUGUUUUUAUUUUCACAUGCCAUUACAGCGAAUGAAUCAUGGUCUGAUGCUGCAUCAGCCACAACUCAAACAUGGUUGGUGCAAAAGCGAAUCCAUCACUGCCCUGUGCACCCCAUGGUCAUCAGUUAACUCAAGAAACGAAAUUCAAAAUAGAUGCACUGCGAGAAUAAGCUAGUUUUCAUGAUUAGCUAUUUUUUUUAGUCUGCUCAUCUAGCCACUGCAAUAAUCCCUUCAAUUGACACAUGAUUGACAAAUUCCUUGGAAAAUAGAUGGUAGAUAGCAAUUAACCAACAGCUAGCUGUUUCACAGCUAGAGAUGCUCAUUUGCAGUUGCUUUCUUGCAACAGUCCUUGUUGAGUAGGCAUUAGGAGGUUUAGUAAUUGCAUAUUGAUGCCAGCUGUCAUGUUUUGUAAGGAGUGCCCUGCAAUGGAAAACAAGUUACCUGCCGAGGCUAAAUGUCGUCAUAGUGAACCUGUGUCUGGAACAAAAACGUCUUCAUCACAUUUCAUUGCUGUUUUAGAAAUUCGUACAGAAAUUGUUGCAAGUUAAUCUGCAAGAAGCUUUCUGACUGUGCAACUUCAUUGUUGCGGAACUUUAGCUUUAGCAAGUUUAGCUUUUCUUGUUCGAUUUUUUUUUGCAGUGAAUUGUCGAUGCCCUCUAAAAUCAUUGAUGCUGCUGCAAAAACAAACUUCACUGAUUGAAGCUAUUAGCAAUGCCCUCCGAUUCACUAAUGUAGCCCAAGAGACCAUCCAAAGUAAACUGAAGCGGUUGGCAGUCUGCUCAUUGGAUGCAUACACAAAUGUGGGCAUCCACUUUUUAUUGUUGGGAGAUUGUGAUGUUUACAAAUGAUCAAAACCAGCCUUUAAACAAUAAAUUAAUUCACUCUAACACAAUAAUCAAUACAGUUCUUUUGGAUGUGAAUGAGACAUCAAGUGAGCUGUAGUAAGCACAUCCUGUAAAGUGUUUAGUUUUGUUUUAUCAGUGAAGCAUGGAUAAAUAUAGAUGGCCAAACAAACUUUGUACUGUCACUGCCAUUGCAGUUUGUUGCCGUGACAUUCAACUGCGUCACAACAUGCUGCCAUUUGUUUGUUCCCACGCGGGUAGAUUUUUAUAGGAAUUUCACACCGCCUCACACUGCUUCUUGGAAUCUCUUACUUUAAGCAAUACUUCAGAGCAUAUUUAUGAAAUGCCCAGCAAGCCUUGUGAAAUCAACACAAACUCGCAAUUUUGACGUGUGAGAACAAGAGAAGUCAUGAAUUUUUGAGAAUAGAUUAGGAGAUCAGGCAAUGUACUUCAGCAUACUGCACAUAUUAGUGUGCACGCACACAUCUGCCCAUCAUGUUGCAUUGCAGAGCUCGAGGUCGCGGGUUCGAUCCAGGCCGUAGCAGCUGCAGUUCGAUGGGGUUUGAAUGCAAAAUCACUCGUUUACUUGAUUUAGGUGUACCUAAAGUUUUGGGGGUCAAACUUAAUCUGGAGCGCCCCACUACGGCUCGCCUUAUAAUGAAAUCAUGGUUUUGGCACGUGAAACCCCACAGAUAAAUUAUUUGACCGGCCCACCACGCAGUGUUAUAGCAAUGCAAGUGUAAAUGGAGGAGGAUUCUGAAAAAACACGAAAUUUUAGCAACCAUGCUUUAUACGGUUCUCCAUGGCGCACAGUACAGCGCUGCACUAAAUGUAGAUAUGGUUGUUUAGCUCAUUAGCACAGAGAAGAAAUUUCCUUCUCCUUUUUUAUCUAGUUUGCGUGAAGCUAACAUAUUGAGAGCAAAGAGCAUUACAGCAUCAUUCAAAAAAUGUUUGAGCUCUUACUGUAGAAGAGGAAUGAAGGCAAUAGGAUAGAAAGCAACAGGACAGGAGGAACACUGGAAUUUGGAGGCGCUGUGGGCACCUACAGCCGAGCGGGAGCACUGUUUUGUCAUAUACCGGACUGGACCUUUUUCAGGAGGCUCUCAAGAACAGAUGCAGUGAUUUCUUGCCAGAAGCCAACAUUUGUAUAGGUGCCCUACUGUUGCUUUCUCUCCUUUUGUCUUCCUCCUUCUUUUACUCUUAUUUUACAUCUUCUUUAAGUUUAAAUAAUAUUGCAUUUCCAACUAGCCUAGCUUUCAGUGACAACUACAGCAUUGCAGCAGCCUGUACUCAGGCAACUUCAGCUGCUCACGCAAGUUUUAAAACUUUCAAGAGUGCUUUGUUGACUUUCAAGAGCACUGCAUUGCAGUUACUUGCCUCUUUGAUUUUGUGCGCUGUUAUUGACAUCUUGCAUCAGCAUUUGCAGCCACAGGUAAUAUGAAGGCAGUCAAUACUAAGUGUCCUCCCAAUCUCCUGCCACCUAUAAUAUACAACUUACUUAUAAUAGAUCAUGGCUUGCUUGCUGAGAUACAUUUAUUGUGUUAAAGCUGCAAAACACCUUUAGCACACAGCAUGAAUGCAGCUUAUACCGUGCUUGAUCUUUAGAUGUAAUCAUGUUAGUGCUUGAGAUGGAAAUUAGCUAACGUUUAAGCUGCUUUAUAAACUGGCAAAGUAAAAAUGGUGUACAACUGGGAGCACGUCAGAGUUGAUGGACAACCUUAUAACAUGUUACAAUGAAUUGCACAUAUUCCAAAGUUGGUGGCAAGCGAUUUUCAUUUUUUUAACCUUCAGUGGCACUUUCUUCAUCACAUGGCAGUUGGCUCACUCUCGUGCUUCUACUUGACUAUAGCUGACACCACUUAAGCUCUAUGGUUAGGCUAUCUGCUUACUGGGUUAGCAUUCCUUAACUAGUUUUUUUUUGUCUCUUUCUGAUUCCUCUGUGUCUUCCGUCCUACGGUACGUUCAUGAUGGGUUGCCUACCCAUCACCCAAACAUGUUUAGGACACAUUGCUCACAGGUUAGGAAAGAGAACAGGCACUGCUGCAACAGAGACAGUAAUUCAAUGCUCCAUGUAGCUUUUUAAGUAACCUUAACUUUGUACAUAAUGUUCACACAUUGCAGGCGCUGCCUUAUCAUGCCGUACCAGAAUGGAAACUGGAGAGAUAAAAUAAGAUGGUAUCGAAAAGGUCAUUACAGCAUUUCGUCUGUGUAUACUACAAAACUGAUCAAGUUGAUACGAAUAAGCAUUACAACCAUCAGGUUGAGCCAAGUUAAAGGAUAAGUGAGAACACAUGAUGGGUCAUCACUGGUAUAUGUUGACUGGUCUCGCAGGUUCUCCUCCACAUUUCAUUUUCAUUUCAGGCUCGUCUUCGUCAGCUGUUGGUCCGCAGUAAUUUUACGAUGAAACGAGCUUGGCAGUUUCAUCUACCAAUGACAGGGGCUUAAUUUUCUGAAAUCUUUCCGGGAACUCAGAGCUGAUAUGUAAUGUUACUAGUUGAUACAUAACCGAUACUCAGAACCAAAGCUCUGCCGUACUGUAUAUCACAGGGUGCUUUGAGUUUUGAAUGUGCACUGAUAGUGGCCUCAAAAUUCUACCUAUCUGGACGAUCAUGUCACAAUUUUUUUCUAUCACAUUCUUUUCACUGUGCUUUCCUACUACCAGGAUCAGGACAGCUCAUAGUUGAACAGAAUUGUACGAAGAGAAUCCUUAAACGAUAUGUCCCUGGUGCAACUUGCUGUAGUUUGCUUUCCCCAAGGCAGUAGUAUGAUUAAAUGCUCACAUGUCAGUACUCUAGGGUGAAAAAUGGAUGCGAAAGUUUCCAUGUCAGGUGUUUUUAUAUGUUGCAGUUGUUUAGGGUGACACACAGUGAAGCAGGUUGCUCAGAAACACUUCAGUUGACUAAUAUGCAACAUGAGGUUGGCACUAUUCAUCCAGAGAGCAAUAAGCAAUUUUAGCAGCCAUUCUGUUCCAGCAUGCAGCAAGAAUAUGCAUGGCUGUUUGCCAGAAACACUAGCACAUUCACAGUGCGACCUGCACAUAGUUUUUAUCUCUGCUCCUUGCUUAAGUUCUUCUUGCAUCUGGCAUAACACAGAAAUUAUCAGUGAUGCUAUGGAUGUGUCGUAAGAUCACAAACUUACUGCCAAACUGGUUCGUGUAGGUUUUGAUCAAUGUGUUAGGAGGUAGGAGGUGUAGGAGAUUUCAGCUAAAUUUGUUCUUUCGUCAUGAUAAACACCCGCUGAACUGCUGUUCAGUAUAGCCAGCGUUUCCGUGAAUGUAAUUUGCUAUGUACAUUCCAAAAUUGAAGGUGCGUGUAGUAGGGAGGCUUCUGCUUCGUGUGGCUAUGUCAAAAGCUUGUGAUGUGAAAAAUUGCAAGCACGAAGUACGCAUGUUGUGUACUAUAUAAAACAAACUGAACUUGAACCUUAGUAUAACAAAAUUGAAUCACACGAAAAUACCUUUGCUGCAUUCGAUAUUCGUUAUAAGAAUGUAAUCACUAUACAGUGAUAUCAGUGAAAAACCUUUUCUAUCUACAUCAUAUCCAAUCAUUCACUAUAUUCGUGUUCAUUAUGUGAAGGUUUGAUUGCAUUUGAACGAGCGUGCCUGUGGAUAGGAUUUAGGGACGUUCUGCUGCACGGAACAUUGUCAUUGUCACUAAUGAAUUGCUUUUGAAAGCGCACUGUGAAUGGGCUCUUAAUCUCUUCCUUGCUCACUCUCGGUGAUUCAGAACACUCACAAGUAUGGUGCAGUAGCAGCCUUCUCAUUGUGUAUUCGCAGUGACUGGAGCCACAUUCUUUGUCCACUGAGUGAAUGCAGAGCGAACUUUCUUUUUAACUAGCACAGGGGGAGAUGACCAUUGCAAAGGCUUCGUUUGCGACAAAUGCGUUAACUCACGGCAAGAGAUAUUCAUGCCUACAGCAAUAAGCGAAUCUUCCUUGUGAUGGAACGUUGUGCAAAGUACUAGAUGCAUGAACUGGCACUACCCGCGAGACCUUAAAAUGGAACCUUUGCAAAAACUUACCAUUCCAGUAAAGUUUUAUAAAAGCUUAUAUAGCUUAUAAAAGCUAUAAAAGUCACUUUCUUUAUCAUUUCAUUUGUUUUCGUUCAGUUUUUUUUUGUUAUUAUCAACAAACAAUUUCAAGCGAAUAGAAGCUUUUAAGACAUAGUGAAAUACAUAAAUAUUUUUGUUGCUGCCCGCUAAAGCGUUCUGUAAUUAGCGUACAUCUGUCAAAGAGAUGGACUGGUACACAUGACUAGCAAGGUAAUAAUUUUGGCUUGAUGAGAAGGGCUUAUUUCUAUCAUUGUUAAGCCUUGUAUUGCUCGAUACCAACAGACUUAAAUUCUGCCAUGUUGCAUGAUAAAUAGGUUUUGAUAUGGCGCUGCAAAAUAUCUGUCAAGAACCGAGGACAUACGUAUUGUAGGGAAGAUAUCUGCGGCCUGAUGCUAUAGCCACUCAUAGCUGAACUUAAAUCGGGCUGAUAUUGUCCAAUGCGAAGAAAACUGUUCUAAAUGCUCAAACACACUGUCUGUUCUACAACGGUAGUGCACGCAGAGAAGUUUUCGUGUUUUCUCUGCACUUGUACAUAGACUGCUUUUGAAAGUACAUUACAGAAACCAUUAACACAUGUCAGAGGCUAUUUUAAGCGUGAACUCUAUCGGUAUGUUUCUUCAGGAUGAAUUGUGAAAAUGCAAGGUUACACGGUAGGUGUCUGCAAAACAGUGGUUUCUCAUUUAUGCUUCUGAAUUUGAGUGGUUUUCUGAUCCAUGUCAUCACAAGUAUAGCUAGUGCAACUUAAUUUACUUAAAAUGUUUAACACAUCAUUGAGAAGUAUGCUCAUGUGUGGCACCAUGGGAUUGUGUUCGUGAUGGUUUUGCACCAAGCACCGUUUUCAAGGGUGAAAAAUGUCCUCUCUUUUGUUGUUGUCGUUAUGCGGUGCAUUCUGACUUAAUUCACAUGACAGCCUUUUGAACACGUGAAUUACGUUCUCUAAUAGCUGCGCGUUUGUGAUAUCGUUGUUCUCGGUGCUUGCUUGUAAAUAUCGUGGGGAAGGAGGCACAGCUACAUGAUCUACUAUCGUCCCGCACUUUUUUUCAACAAGGGUGAAGACAUUGCUUCAGGGUUCUGGCAACGGGAGAUAUGACAAAGGGCAAUGCUCCUUCACCACUAUUUAGUAGCACUCUAUAUUUCCAUCUUUUUAUUGUCUUCUUAAUUUGCCCGCUGCUGUCCAGUGGGUGUCCAGAAGUACUUCAUGCAAAAUUAUUCUCUGUAGUGAUAGAUUGUGAGUGUGUGGCAUUAUUUGUCCGCUACUCAUGGCUGUUUGUACAUAGCGCAUAAUGUCAUAUCGUGGAGCUCGCACACGUAAGCAAUGGAAUGUCGCAACACCAUGGCAAAAUCGCACCUGAGGCUUGUGGCAUUGCUGUAUCGGCAUUAGCACACCUAGACGCUGCCAUUCCCUGUAGAGGUCUCAUGGAUACUUGGCUCUAGAACAUUUAAGACAUUUAGGUCAUAACUUCAAAAAUUUUGGCUGUACUAGAUUAGAAAACAUAAAAAUGCAAUUCUGUGAAAAUGUUUAAAUUAAGAAUGCUUUUGCAGUUUUGUAAGUAAGGUGCUGCUGUGCCCAGGCUACCUUGUAAAGGUACUGCUGCUCUAGACCACUGGCAGGUGCAUGUGGUGGCUGUUAGUAUAGGUGCAGUGACUGCUUCAGAGCACUGCUGCAGACUUUUUCUCAAUGUUUUUCUUUCUGGCUAUAUUACGUUCUGAAGGGAUGCCCGUAAUUCUUGCCUUUGUGUUCCAGAAUUGUGUGGUCUUCUAGAUUUGACUCUUCUCACCUGAGUUUGCAUUUUCUUAAUAUAUCUAUAGAGUUGAGGCUACCACCAGAACACUUUAUGUAACGCUGUGAGUUGACAAGUGCUUGUUGUGGUCAUCAUAUUGGCCUACUGUGCUGUGGUGUCAUCUUGCUGUAGAGCUGUGCUGUCACAUUGUAUGCAAACAUCCAUCUUGCAAGUAGUGCAAUUGCUCUUCGCAGCAUGGUCUGAUGCAGCUGUAUGGCUCAUGAUAAAACAUUUGCUGAAGAUGAGCGCUGAACAACGAGACCCACCAUUUGUUGAGAGCUUUCUCUUUAUUUGCACCUGCUUUGUCCCUCGGUCCAUGUUUGUUUGGGUGCAUGCACUGUAUUAGCUUGCUGAGCUUUUAAAUUCAGUUAGUGGCACAUGUAAUGUUCAAUUUAUGGGCAAGCCCACAUCAUAGCCUCACUGUGCUAUGGAGUUGACGCAUUGCCUCUGGUUUCGUUCGACAGUGAUAGCAAUGCGCUGCAGUACAGCAAUGCACUGAUGUUGCCACUACAUGCAUUGCUUGUGCAGGGCACCUUUGUUAAUCUUCCAGGGACCCGAAGCGUUAUUUUCUGACCGGUGGUAGCUGUGCGUUGGAAAGCAAGAAGCAGGGAGACAUCCUUUAGCUUGCUAGAAGGAUGACUUCAUGGCUAGUGGACAUUCGGCAGAUUAAUGAGCGGGGAAAUACUUUGCUGUAACACAUGGGUACAUGGUAAACAUUACAUGAAAAGAGCUCGGCAAGUACCAGUAGCUCUUCCAUAAUUAAAACUGCGCGAAUCUAAAUUCUUUUAUGACAAACACGGCUAGCAUUGGCUGUUCACUGGUAAAGGAAAGGCAAGGGACCGCUAAGUGGAGUCAUGCAACUUGCGUUUUUAACUUCUCAAAACAGUGCAGGCUCCGGCAAUAAAGUGUAUGCUUCUUAGUGUUCAAACAUCCAGCAGAAUAGUUUGCAAGUUUAAGGGUGUCCAAAUUGCCGAAGGCUGUAAGAGUUUGAAUUGAUGAUAUUCCUCUGCAAAUUGUCACAUAAUGCUGGUGCAGUUGUACAGUAAAGGUGCAGGUCUCAUUCAUAUAUGUGCUGUCCAUUGUACAUGUGCUGUGGCUGAUAUGGUGUACUUUGUUACGUUUUCUUACAAUACUUGACUUGGCGCAGUUGGUGCAAGCGGCUGACUACUGCUCUUAAUGCAUUGCGUUUAAGUCUAGGUUAAUAUUUAGAUUUCUUUAUCGUGAAUUCUUUUAGAUGACAAGUUGCAAAACGCUUGGGAACGGUGUGUGCAUUAUUGUGAGAAUGGCGUUCAGCCUGUGAAAGAGCUUCUACAGACACAACAGCUUCAAGGUGCAUAUAUCUUAAAAAUUACUACGUCCAAAUGGUUUGAUUUUCGUCACUACCUUUUGAUGCAUUUCUGCAUCACAUUUAUACUUGCGGAGCUGCAGAAGUAUUCUUCAACAUUUCGAUUGAAUAAGCCCUCUGUAUUGGCCACACUCAUAAAUAGUUUGCACCUUUUGGGGCUUAUCUUGUCACACAAUGAUAGUCGUCAUCUGUCUUGCCCGCAUUUCCUUCCUUUAAUGCUGUGAGCCCGGUACUUCCAAGUCACCAAUGGUAUGCGCGUUAUCAGCAAGACAUAGCAUUCUCCACAGGAAACUAGCGAGCGCAGAGUUUUCAAGAAAGGAAACGCAAUCAAGGCAAGAUGACAAUUAUCGUUGUGGGGCAAGGUAAGCGCCAAAGGGUGCACAAACUUUUUUAAGAGUGUAUGGUGCCGCAGUUGGUCAAACUCAAACAUUUUUGCUGUUCAGGAAAAGUAAAUCACUGCAAGGAAUGUCAUCUGUUAGCUUACUGUCCUCCAGCAGUACUUUCUCUGAUUGCCUGCUUCUGCAGUUAUACUGAGUAAAAAACUGAUAUGACUUUGAAAAGCCAUGUGAGGUAAAGCUUUUAAAGAUCUAGGCUAUUAUAAUUCAGAAAGCAGACUUUCAUUUUAGGUGCACAGUCCUACAUUAGAUUGGUCUACCCUGUUAAAUUCUGCCCUUUCACUGCUAUGCAGCAGGACCAUAUAGUCUCUAAACGACUUCGAAUUUGAUGAGCUUGUCCGUUCCCUCAUGCUAAAAAAAAAAGCGCUUAAGAACAGCUCCACCCACUUGCAGCCAACUGUGCCACGUCCACCGUGUUAUGUGCGAUCGCGUGUGUCUCAAAUACUGAUUAUGCAAAGACAACGCAGGUGCCUUAGAAGGUGCGGGAGACGGAGUAUUUUUCUAUUUUUGUAUAACCGCGAUGUGUCUGGGCUCUGCGUGUCAACAAGCUCCUGUGCUCCUGGCACAGCAGUUGGAUGGCCAGGGUCGGCUGGUAUGUGUGCGUGUGCACUGAAAAAAAAAUAAUGUGCGCAUUGUGUUGUCCGUGUGAGUGCUGAAUGACCUAGGGAAGAUAUAGACUUUUCGUGUCCUCUUCAUUUCCUUGUGCCCUUUUUCUUAGGUUGUAAAAGACUUGAAAACAUUCCUCAUGCGCGGUUAUCAGUGUAUUUGUAGAUUGAGUUUAACCGCGUUGAAACUCUGUAAGUACAUACACUGUUGCAGUUGAAUAAAGGUUUUGAGAUUUUUA